CACCAUUCUAAUCAUAGCACUCUUUCUCUAACAUUCCGGAACCUUCCUCACGAUUUAUCCACGUCAGAGGAGUCAACGAGAUGCAAUAGUGAUCUCGCACGCACGCCUUCCCGGUCAUUCUACGACUGCAUUCUGAUUUUCCGUUCAAGUUGUCAUUUCCCAUGUAAUCGCCAAAAAUACACGUGCUUCUCUUCAGUGCUAUACUCCCUCCGUUGAUGAACUUAAACCUCUCCCUGGGAGUUCCAGAACAGCACGGGACCGGAGUCGGAGACGUCUAUAUAAUGACGAGCCCCACUCGAAAGUGUAGGAGAGCGAAACACAAUGCAGGACCUCCCAGUGGAUCUUGCGUCUCUUGUAGGUAUCUGGUGUACUUCAGUCCUAUAUGGUGUCCAUCUAGUUCUCUACCUGAGCUGCGUCAGCCUACUUAUCAGGCGAAGAUGGAUCUUACUCGGGAGCGCGACUGUUCAGUUCGUUAUCUCAACCGUCCACAUUGCGGCGGGCCUGCGUUCCAUGAUAGAAGCUUUCAUCUGGACCAAGGGCCCCAACGGUUCCACAGAGUACUGGGAUAAUCAGACUCGGUUCGUCAACGUACUUCAAGAAUCAGCUACCAUCACGAAUUGUAUCGUCGGCGACGUGGUGUUGCUCUGGCGAUUAUAUGUGAUUUGGGACAAGAGCUUGAUGGUGUCUGUCUUCCCCGCUCUCAUGGUUCUAGCCUUUAGUGUCUGUGGAUAUAUUACUAUCUAUCAUUUAUCCAGUCUCAUCGCAUUCGAUCCCGAAUCCGUGCACGCUCUAUAUCGAUGGCUCCAGGCUUCCUGGUCAUUGUCCUUGGCCACUCAGAUUUGCGUCACAGGUCUGAUAGUGGCACGUAUCUGGUGGAUGACGCGAAGAACAGGAUCCUGGCAACUAAGCUCAAAGUCCCAGCCUUACAUGGACGUCAUAUGGAUGAUCGUCGAGUCCGGCGCAAUAUCCGCAUUCACGUCCACGCUUUUCCUCGUUUUCUUCAACCUCAAACCGCAGAUCAGUAUCAUUUUAGGGGAUUCUCUUGGGCAGAUUAGUGCGAUCGCUCCGGCGCUAAUCAUCUUCCGCGUGGGACUGGGCGCCAAAGUGAAGACGGACACUUUGGAUUCGUCGUACGAGCUUCACACGCGCACAGCAUUGCACGUCACGGUGGAACAUUCAGUAUUCUCAGAUCAGAGCUAUUCAAAGCCUGAGAAUGAGUCGGCCGAGAACCGGUCCUGGCAGUACAGGACAUAGUGAAGAUAAUGAAGGAUUUUAUUUUUGUACUGUGUUUUCUUUUUCUUCUUUCAUCGCCUUCGUUUUCGGAACCGCACCGAGGAUACUGAAUCUGUCGUACCAAUUAAUAUACCCACCGUGAUACACUUUGACCUCUGCUGAAAGUGUACAAG